AUGCCACUUCCAUUCAACAAACUGAUAAUACCAUUAUAUCUUCGGCCAGUUAAAUCAUGCUUUGAACUUUAUCGGAAAUAUCUCGGAGAAGCAUUAAAAUCAAACAACGGAAAACUGAUAACAUUGGCCUAUCUAUUUGGACUCAGAACCACGCAAGUUUUGAUGGAAAUUUAUGAAAGAUUAGAUGAUCAAGACAAGCAGAAGGAAUGUAGUGAAAUCACAGAGAAAAUAGUGAGAAGCUUGGAGAAAAUUAAGAAAAAAGAAAUGGCUGAGUAUUCCAAGACGAAGAAGGGUCGAAAAGGAAACGGAUUUAUUGAAAUCAUCAAUGAUGAAGACAAAGGACGACUCUUUUUGAACAAAUGGUGUUUAAUGAAACUGAAAGAAGUUGAUGAGAUUUUUAAGAACGGAGCUAUUGAUGGUAGCACACUAGAGACUUUAGUUGAUGUCAGCGUUGGUAUGCAGGUAAGUUUAGAGAUGUAUGUGGAUGGAGAGAAAGAAGAGAAAGAAGAGGAAGAAGAGAAAGAAGAGAAAGAAGAGAAAGAAGAGAAAGAAGAGAAAGAAGAAGAGAAGAAGGAAAUAGAGUCAUUAGACGAUGCUGGAGAGAAGCUCGGUGAACUAGUUAUUUCGUUGCCGGCGCUUUUUCUUGCCAAAUCCUUUGACAAGAAUCCGAAUUUGAGUAGAGAGGACUUACAGGUGAAGAUAACGUGGUGUAAUUAUCACAUUAAGCGAAUUCUAGACUGUUUUAAGAAAGGAGAAGAUCCAAACGAGGAUUUACCCGGAUUGUUAUCACAGCCGCCUGUUAAACAGGAUACGAUAUCCCAGGAAGAGAUCGACAAGGUGAUAAGCGAGGUUCAGGAGAUGGACAUUAGCGAUGAAUCUGACUACAAUGACGAUGAUUAUUAUUACGAUAGUGAACAGGAAGAGUACUUAAGGAAGGUAAGUUUACCCGAUAUACCUAAGAUCUCCGAAAUAUCUGAGAAAAAAGUGCCGAAGGAGGAAGAAGAAGAAGAAGAAGAAGUCCGAUCACCAGUAUCCACUGUGUCACCAGCCACGCGGCAUCCUGAGCCAUCCCUUGCUUCAUUUGUAGCGGAAAAGGCUUCCAGAGAUCACCCAACUACCUCUUUGAAGCCUGUCGACUUAGAGACUUUAGAAAGACAACUUUCAUACCAAGAUAUCCUUCAUUCUGCAUCAAAGUGCUGUAAAUUUGCCAUCAGUGCAAUAGAAUAUGAGGAUAUCCCUACAGCCAUGGAAGAACUGAAAGAAUCACUCAAGUUAUUGCAAGAAUAUAGAGACAAGUUUGAUCCAGAUCACGUGACAAAGAUCACAUGA